CUCUUCCCGCAGGGCUGCGAGUGUGAAUGCGCAGGCGCAGGUCAUCUGCCUAGGCAAAAUGGCGAUGAGGCUGAUGUGCGAGCGCCGGGAACUUAUACUACUGCUACGGUAUCAGCGUCAGUGCCACAGCAUCGCGGGGAUCUCGCCCUGGCCCCGGAGACCGCUGACCGCUAGGCUCCUGUUCCCAGCCGGCCAGAGCUGCAGGCGCCCGCAUUAUGUCCUCCUCGGGGUCGUCGGCCCCCGCUGCCUCAGUACCUCUGCCAUCUCUUUUGCAGAAGCCCAGGUCCAGGCUUCUCCUCCAGUCGUUCCUGUAACUCUCUCACCCACAGCAGUGACUGAGGUGGCUCCUGGAGAGACUGCAGAUGUAGUCCAAGCUGCUGUAGAACAGAGCUUCACUGAACUGGGGCUAGGGUCAUACACCCCAGUGGGACUGAUCCAGAACUUGCUGGAAUUUACGCACGUUAACCUGGGCCUGCCAUGGUGGGGGGCCAUUGCUGCAUGUACAGUCCUUGCCCGCUGCCUGGUUUUUCCUCUCAUCAUAAAGGGCCAGAGAGCAGCAGCCAAGAUCCACAACCACUUGCCAGAGAUCCAGAAGUUUUCCACUCGAAUCAGCGAAGCUAAGUUGGCAGGAGACCAGGCUGAGUUUUACAGGGCCUCCUCGGAGAUGACACUUUACCAGAAAAAGCAUGAUGUGAAACUCUUCAGACCUCUCAUUCUACCUCUGACUCAGGCCCCAGUCUUCAUCUCCUUCUUCAUUGCCUUGAGAGAAAUGGCCAACCUUCCAGUGCCCAGCCUCCAGACAGGUGGCCUUUGGUGGUUCCAGGAUCUUACAGUAUCCGACCCCACCUACGUAUUACCACUGGUAGUCACUGCCACCAUGUGGGCUGUCCUUGAGCUAGGUGCUGAUACAGGUGUGCAAAGCUCUGACCUUCGGUGGAUGAGAAAUGUCAUUAGAGUGAUGCCGCUGGCAGUCUUGCCCAUAACCAUCCAUUUCCCCUCGGCAGUGUUCAUGUAUUGGCUCUCCUCCAAUUUGUUUUCCCUGGGCCAGGUGGCCUGCCUCCGGAUUCCAGCAGUACGCACUGUCCUUAAAAUCCCCCAGCGUGUGGUGCAUGACCCUGAGAAAUUGGUUCCACGGGAAGGCUUCAUAAAGAGCUUCAAACAAGGCUGGAAGAAUGCCGAGAUAGCACAUCAAAUGCGAGAGCGUGAACAACGCAUGCAGAAUCACUUGCAGCUAGCAGCCAGGGGCCCGUUACGACAGACCUUUGCCCACAACCCUCUGCUACAGCCUGGAAAGAAUCACCCUCCCACCACGUCAGACAGCAGCAGCAGCAAACCAAAGUCAAAGCAGCCCUGGCGGGACACACUUGGCUAACUUAUGUUCCCUGCUUAUACUGGCAGGAACUCUGUCUCCUGAAAGACUCAGCCUCAGAGCAAGGCUUGAUGCUGUGCCCUUACCCCAAUCCUAGGAACUGUGGGACACAGAGGUGUUCAUUUUAAAAGCGGAUUCCACUACAGUUUCUCAUACCUGUGUGUAGAAGAGAACACUGGGAAGCGGGUGAUCUCCCCAUCCACAGAAUUAGUAAAUUCCUGUACUAUAUGCUGCUUCUGAUACUUAUUAAACAGGGAAAUGGGUUGUAUACUUCAGAAAAA